AUGGAUGGGGGCCCACUGAAGGGCCCGGUUGGCCCAAAAGUAGCUGACCUUGUAGCAAUCCUAGCCCAACAUAUAGCAAUGGGGAAUAAGGGACCUCCAGCAAAGAAAAGAGAGCAAGCGACCUCUGAGGAAAACAUGAAACCCGAAAGUUUGGGUUUGGGUGAGGACUGUGCUAGAUUGGAGGAAUCUGAUGGGAAAGUGAAGAGAGGAAAAGGAGAAGUUCGGGAGCUUUGCCGUAUGGUGAAGGAGAAGCGACCCAAAUUGGUUUUCUUAAUGGAAACCAAAUUACCAAUACAGCGUAUGGAGCGAAUAAAAGUACAGGCUGGGUUUGAAAGUAAUUUUGUGGUGAAUAAUGUAGGGCGUAGUGGUGGUUUGGCGCUUUUGUGGAAUGAGGAUAUUGGAGUGGAAAUUCAAAACUAUAGUAGACGGCACAUAGAUGCUAUAGUAAAGUUGGAAGGGAAUGGGAUUGAGUGGAAGUUUACCGGAUUUUUCGGUCAUCCCGAGGUGGGAAAGCGGCAAGAGGCAUGGAGUCUUCUUUGGCAUCUUUCUUCUUUCUCUCCUGCGGCAUGGCUAUGUGUUGGAGACUUUAAUGAAGUCAAGGAGGAUGCAGAAAAAUUCGGUAAGGUCCCUAAACCCAGAUGGCAAAUGGAAGCUUUUAGAGAAACCUUGAAUUUUUGUCAUUUACAAGACUUGGGAUAUUCUGGUGCGAAAUAUACGUGGUGUAACAUGAAACUGGGAGACAACUUGGUGAUGGAAAGGUUGGACAGGGCGACAGCUACAUCUGGGUGGAGGGAUAUUUUCCCUGUAAUGAACAUGGAGGUUCUCGCUAAUCGUAAUUUGGACCAUACACCAUUGUUGUUGACAUUCAGCAAACCUGUCUGGAGAUGGAGGAGAAGGAAGAUAAAAUUCCGGUAUGAAGCUGAGUGGAGUGCAGAUAAGGAGUGCCAAAAAAUAAUCACUGAGGUGUGGAAUACUAAGCUUUCAAGAAUAAGAGAAUGGAGAGCAAUUAGACAAAAGCUGGAAGAAAGUAAGUUGGGAUUGAAGAAAUGGGCUGAAGUUAAUAAGCCACCCAUCGAAGGGCUCAUUGAUUCCAAAACACGGGAGCUUCAACAAAUCCAAUGUGCCGAAGGUAACCUGGAUGUAGAGAAAGUAGGCCAACUACAAAGGGAAGUGAACACACUUAUUGAGCAGAAUGAUACCCAUCUUCGGCAGCGUGCAAAGGUGGCAUGGUUGACUUCGGGAGACAGGAAUUCUGCAUACUUUCAUGCAUGCUUUAACUAG